CACACAGGUUCCUUUCCAGCACGAGAAAUGUCAAGGGGUUUGUAGCUAGAGUUAAGAGUGCAGGUUGACCAAGCUUUCAGCCAAAUGGGGCUGAGACAUCACAGAUUGUUCUAUAAAAAAGCAUAGGAGAAGGGGCCAAAUAUAAUGGCCUUAAAUGUGAGAAAUAUUUGUGGGGGUGCAGGGCUGCACGGAGAAACAACAAGACACAAAAAAUUAAUAGUGCCCCACUUGAACAGUUGAUGAAGAACAGGUCAGUGGUUACAGAGUUGUAGUUACCGUAUGUACUUGAGAAGGGUUUGAUAAUGCCUAGUAGUUCAGAGCUAUGGAAUUCAGGAACAGGAACAAAAUAACAAGUGAAUUGAGAUGAAAUUUCAAAUCACUUUGAACUCUUGUAGGUUUUUUAUUGGGGACUCCCAUCAAAACAUUUGAGCAAUUGUUUCUUAUUUGAUUUAUAUACUGCCCUUAAAGAUCUCGGGGUGGUUUACAGGGUAAAAAUGGAAUGUAAAAGCACAAAUAGUUAAAACCAUAACAACAAAAUAAGGAACCCCCCCCCCCAAAAAAAAUUUAAAACACUGUAGAAUGUUAAUCAGCUAAAGGUGUGAUAAAAGAGGAACCCUUUUGUCUGGCACCUAAAGAUACAUAAUUAAGUCGCCAGACAAACCUCCAUGGGGAUAGAGUUUCAGGGAGCUGUUACAUAAAAAGCCCAUUCUUUGGUUGCCACCCUCCAUGCCCCUGUGCUGUGGUGGAUACACACAAAGAAGGACCUUUGAUGAUGAAUGCAGAGUCUGGGUCGAUUUAUAUGGUUAGAGGUGGUCCUUGAGGUAUUGAGGUUCUGAGCCAUUGGGAGUGGAGGCUGAAGGUGGGAAAGGAAGUUGUUUCUUAAUGUGCCACUAACUGUCUCCACCACCCUAUGGAGCAUAGAGUACGGUAUUUUGUUUCAUCUUGCCAUGAUUAGUAUGAUACACUUACAAAUUAUUCCAAAAAUUUGGUUUCCAGAUUCCUAAUCAUCUUGGUUGCUUUCAUCUGGACACUCCAAUUGCUCAAUAUCCUUAAAAUGUUUCCAGAAGAGGACAUGCAGCCUGACCAGUGCAGAAUAGAAUGGAAAUAUUAUACAGUACAGUGGAACCUCGGUUUAUGAACACCUCGGUUUAUGAAUUUUCGGUUUAUGAACGCCGCGGACCCAUCUGGAACGGAUUAAUUCAUUUUCCACUACUUUCAAUGGGAAAGUUUGCUUCAGUUUAUGAACGCUUCAGUUUAUGAACAGACUUCCGGAACCAAUUACACCCAUGCUUCAGUUUAUGAACGCUUCAGUUUAAGUACUCUGCGGACCCGUCUGGAACGGAUUAAUCCACUUUCCAUUAUUUUCAAUGGGAAAGUUCGCUUCAGUUUAUGAACGCUUACUCCGUGGACCGUCUGGAACGGAUUAAUUCACUUUCCAUUACUUUCAAUGGGAAAGUUCGCUUCAGUUUAUGAACGCUUCAGUUUAUGAACAGACUUCCGGAACCAAUUGUGUUCAUAAACCGAGGUACCACUGUACUAGUGAACUGGACAGUAGGUGAUAACCGGCUAAGUUAUACUCUGAGUAGACCCAUUGAAACAAACUUGUUAAUGGGUCUCUUUUAACUUUGAAUAUUUUUAACUUUGAAUAUUUUAUUUACAGUAUUUUAGCCUGCUCUUCAUUUUGAGUAUUUUCAGUUUCAGAACGGAACAAAGUAAUAAUAAAUGGGAUACAAAAAUUACAAAAUCAUAUUGACUUGUCCAAUAAACUAAUUAGCACUUCUGUCAUAAGAUAAGCAAAACUACAAUGACAAAAGUUAAAAUUCAUACUCUUUCUAAAUAGGUAAAAUGCAAAUUCAGGACAUUCAAAUAUGAAGCAACCAGCGGGCUUGGCAACAGUUCCAGCCUCAUUCUUCACUUAGGGCAGCCCGCUGUGUGCCAGCAGCCCCUCACUGUGGCUUUAAAGCAACUUAACACCUUUCACUUUGUAAAAGAAAAAAAUAGUUUCAGAAUCAGUUUAGAGUUUAAAAUUGGCAAGAUCUCUGCAAAUAAAUACUGCUUUGCAGGGUUACAAUGACCCAGCAAGAUAGUUUUCUGCUAAUUGGAAGACACCCUGGCCUAGGCAGAUUUCUACACAAAUUUGUAGUACAGUGCAGUAACAUUGCAAAAAAUUCAAAUUUGUAAAAUGGGUGGGGAUGUUUCUGGCUCCAAGGCUUCUGUGUAUACACAAAAAUUGUGUAUAUUUGGCCUCUCUGCGAAGUGGGCCUUGCUUUAUGUUGCUUUCGGUUAUUUGCUCAAAGUCCCAUCAUAUGUACAUGCUAUGGAACAGAUGAAAAUGCAUUCGUACAGUACUGCAAAAAUAAGUUUAGUAGACCUCAGCAAGACUGAAAAUCUGAUGGGUGUUUGGGGAAUGCAGGUUCUACAAAUUCAUAAAAUUAUUGUGUCAUAACUACAUCCUUAACUUUUAAAUAACAGAGAUUUGAUGAUAUUAUCAAGUCUUAGUUAUUUCUAUUAUAAAAUUCUGUGGAUAUAUUUCAUAAUGCCGUCAGGUUUUUCUUAGAAUUCAAACUGGCAUUUGCAGAUAGAAAUAUGAACUAAAUGCACCUUUGUGGUUCAGAUUCAUGCCUAUGUCGGAAGGGAGAUUACACAAGGUCUACCUUUGAAAACAAUCCCAUAUGAUCAAAUUUCAUACUUUGCAUCAAAGAAUAAGUGAGAUGACUCGUGGGUUUUCAAUAACAUGUCUAUGGAGUCAAGAGGUCUAUUGCCAAAUUAGAUUUCAAGAAUAGGCUGGCAGAAACCUACACACUGUUUUAUCAUCUUUGGCUUCAGUUAGAAUUGUUGCUGAGUACAACCUAGUUUAUCAACAGAGCAUGGAAAUCUAUUCCAUCAACUUAAAUAGGGUACCUAUGAGGAAAGCUUAUAUACUUUUGAGGUUUCAGUUAAUACUAUUUUGUCAUUUUGGAUUAAAUAGUCAUAUUUCAUAUAAUUGGGCACUGUAUAGAAUGCGAAAUGAAAGAUUUAUAAUGUUUCAUUUUCCAGUACUGAAACAGAACAUCAAGAACAAAUUCAUCCUUCAACUGGGGACGAAGCUUGGGAUAAUAUGCUGAAAUUUAAUAAUCUGUUUUCAAAUAGCAUCCAGGAAGUUCACCAACAAAUGACAAUUUUUGCAUUGAAUGAUGUCAAAACAAAAAAUUACAGUUGCCCAUAUCCAUGUACUUGAAAUUGAUCCAAAAUGCAAAUCAUAAUCAGUUGUGUAAUUAGGAUGUUCAGUUUCAUCUCGUCUUAAUUUUAGCCUAAUUGUAUGACAGUCUUGUUACGGCUGAACAAAAAGAACAUAAGAGCCUGCUGGAUCAUGGCAGUAGCCCACCUAGUCCAGCAUCCUGUUCUCAUAGAGGCCACCCAGGUGCCCGUGGGAAACCCACAAGCAGGAUUCAAGCACAAGAGCCCCCUCCCCUCCUGUGGUUUUCAGCAACUGGCAUUCAGAAGCAUUGCUGCAACUCUGAAGGCAGAGUGUAUAGCCACCAUUGCUAGCAGCCAUCAAUAGCCCUCUCCAUCAAUUUGUCUAAUCCUUUUAGAGUCAUCCAAGUUGCUGGCCUUUACUGCCUCCUGCGGGAGCAAGUUCCAUACUUUAAAAAUGCACUGUGUGGAAAAGUACUUUUAUCUGUCUGAAUCUUCCAACAUUCGGCUUCAUUGGAUUCCCUCGAGGUCUAGUGUUAUGAGACAGAAGAGAAACUUCAGCUGUAUACAUUUCAAUUAUAUAUUGUGCCUACAUGUAGAAAUAAAUUUGGGGAGCUGUGCCGAUAGGGAAGGUGCAGAAUCUGGAGAUUACUUAUUAGAAACAUCCUAUUUCUUAUUUGCGUGAUGUCAAAACUACAUUCCAUGUGUUCUUGCUUUGCAGGCAUAAAAGGGAGUAAGAUACAGAAGUUUCAGGGCAACCCAGCAGCCCCUUUUGCUGAGCUGCUUCAGCAGGGCACCUUCGCUUCUGAUUUGACAUGGUCUUGAGCGUGUGACAUCAAGGAGCCGGUGAAGCUCCUUUCUGGCCAGUCAAACAAUCUCUGCUUAUCCUUAUGCACAGGCAUCACUGUAGCUUAAGUCUGAUCAAAAGCAACAAAGCUGCUUUGAGAAUGGAUGGGGGAGGGAUGAGGUUAGUUGGCAAGAGCAGCUAUGUUGUGGAUUAGUUCAGUGCUGGAGGUGGAGGGGUGGAAAUUAGCCAGAAAGCAAGGCUGCCCUUAGCCACUUGAUUGCCUGAGGAAACAGGAGUUGACAGGGGUCAAGACUAGCUUGCUGGCUAUGUAAAAUUUAUGCUUGCAAUUCAGUUUUUAGCAAUUCUGUAUUGAAAAUAAUUUACCAUAAACCUUUCUCUUAAAAAUCUGCCCAUUUAAUUGGGCACAUUUUAAACUGGUUUAUCUUAAUUGAAUUGAUUAGUCAGUCACACACACGUUCUACAGUUCAGUGAUGGAAUGUCAAAUUCUGGAUGCAACAUCUGUUGAGGGUUCAUCAUUACUUAGAUCAGGCAUCCCCAAACUGCAGCCCUCCAGAUGUUUUGGCCUACAACUCCCAUGAUCCCUAGCUAACAGGACCAGUGGUCAGGGAUGAUGGGAAUUGUAGUCCAAAACAUCUGGAGGGCCGAAGUUUGGGGAUGCUUGACUUAGAUAAACCCUGACUGGGCUUACCAUGGACACAGCUACAGUUUCAAUGUCUUGAAUUAUGCUGAUGCAAUUUCUGAAAUGAAAUGAUACCCUUUCUGGAGGCAACAGUAGACUACUGGGCCCUCCCAGUUAGGUUAGUAUCUGAGAGACUCUUUCAGUUCUUGUACAAUUUGUUCUCCGACUGCAGUAUGGCAUUGGGGCAGGAUUUUGCAGAAAUCCAGGGUCCCACUUACUUAGCGGAAUGAACAGGAGGGCCCCAAACAUAGCAGGGCUGGCUUUACCCUUUCCAAGCAGAGACGUUGGAACUGAGACAGUCUCCUUGUCAGUCUGUAAGCUGCUCUAACAUAUGGCUAGAAAGAGCUGAAACCAUGACAAGCACGCAGUGUUUACAAGGCUGCAGCCAUCCGGCUUAUAAACAAGGGGCUUCUCCAACGAACAGCAACAGCAGCAAAAGUGCAUUCCAAAGACUGCAAGCUUGGCAAGAGGAAGUCUGCUUUGAAGGAGAAGCACUGCAGCCUGGUCUUCCUUAGCGGGCAGUUUUGUUUAGGGGCAGACUGUCCCUGUCUCUGUCCAGCUUAGGCUCUUGCACUGCAUUCAUCAACGUAGGGGAGGAGCACCCUCUUCAAAGGGAUUUCCUUCGGUGCUCAUGCUCAGUCUUUGCGGCUCAGCACUUGACAGUCCUUACAUCCCUGUGUCCAGGUAGGUCCAUUGUCCUUAUAUAUUUGCUGCACAGGUGGGGAAACGAGCACAAAGGGGGAAAGGGUCAGAGAGCACUUGUGGCCAUUUCACACUCUUAAUCUGCCAGUGUCCCGGAUCCCUUAAUUUAACAGUAGAUCAUGUGCUUUGAAAUGAGAUGUGGGAGAGAAGAAAUUUUAAAAAAGCAUUACUCUGUCGAAAGGGCAUGAUGCAGUAUUAAUGAAAAUAUCAUUGCCCAACCUGGUGCCCUCUGGAUGUUUUGACCAAAGCUGUCAUCCCCCAGACAGUGGCUGCUUUCAGACACUUUAGUAGACCUGGAUGUGAUCUAGGAGGCCAGCUGAGUGAGCCCAGACACACCCAGCUGUCUGGAAGAAGAGAAAAUCCUAAACAAGAAAAACAAUGGAGUGGAUCAGGGUUGGGGAGAACCUGUGAUGCUCCACAUGUUGCUGGAAUCCCUGACCAUUGGCCAUGUUGACUGAGGCUGAUGGGAGUUGGACUCCAACAGCACUGGGUGGGGGGGGGGGCAAGAGAUCUCUCUCUGUGUUAUAGUUGUGGCAAUGAGAAGAACGAAUUGGUAGCAAGCAGGUGUUUCCUGCUUGGCAGGGGGUUGGACUGGAUGGCCCUUGUGGUCUCUUCCAACUCUAUGAUUCUAUGAAUUUCCAAGGAUAACUUUUGUUUAACUUGGAUAUCUGACAUCUAGUUCUUUUACCCUCCAAACCAGAACUGGAUGUAAAAUAGAUGUUGCCCUGUUCUCAUGCUUUAUUUUCCUCCUAUUUCUUAUGUGCUCUAAUGGUUUACACAUCUCUCUCAUUUUAAUCAUUGUGUUUAUCUUAUGCAGUAUUGCUUUAUUGUACAACACAUUGGGGACCAUGCAGUCGAAAUACUGUAAAUAAUAAGCCUCCGCUCUCAGCUCUCCUGAAGUCUCAGCAUGUGGCCCUUAAGAGUAGAUUCUCAUGGCCAAAUCCAGCCAGCUUUGCAAAAAAAAAAAGCACCUGUUAAGUUUGUGGAGAAUAACAAUAUCACUGCAGCCUGUGUCCAUCUGAUUUAGAGGUGGGGAGCCGACACAUUGAACAUGAUUACUAGUAUACAGGAAGAUACCUGUUUUGAAGUGAACAAUCUGAUGGUGGAAAUGACAAAUAUCUGACUUCCUACUUAUCCCUUCUGUGUUGUCUUAUGAGUUUGGAAGCUUUAAUGUUCAAUGUGGCUAAGGAUCCUUAGAUGGAAAAGAGCUAAAAGCGUUGCUAAGUCAAGCAAUCCCUUCCUGCUUACUGCUUUUGGUCCUGGACUCCCGACUCUGUGCCCUUGGCCUGGAUUAGAGUUGCUUUCUGUGGGAAAAGCUUCAGAGCGGGAGCUCCCAAUAGCACCUGUGUUUUGCAGGGAUGAUAAACAGGCUGUGAGUAAAGAGCCAUCAUAGACAGGUGCUCAGGGGAGAAGAAUGUCCCACUGGGCAUGGCGGUGAAGGUGCUGGUGCAACAGCAGCGGCAGUGAAACCCCCUCCAUAGCUUCCUCCCUCUCUCACUCACGUUGCUGACAGCUGCUGCUUCAAAAGCCAACUUGGGAUCUCCAAAAGGAAGAAGGGCCACAAGGGAGCUUCUUUGUCUAGUUUACCAGGGAGGGAGAGGUCACAACAAGGACUCUGCAGUCUUGGCUGCCAGCCACCUGGUCCAGGAUGGCAAGUGGAGUGGUGCUGCAGAGCAAAGAGCCGCUGAUGCAGCAUCGGGCAGAGCUGGAUGGAAGCAGGCUGUCUUUGGAUUCAGGAACAAUGGCCAGUUCAGAAGGUGAAUCAGAAAGGGUGAUGGAUGAGAGAAGGCAUAGCUCUGAUAGCACAAACCAGCGUUGUGCUAGGAGACUCCAAGAGCAAGCACGCAAAGAGAGCACGAGGGGCAGGGAACCAACAGUGCACUUUGAAGAUAGUGGUGAGAGUGAUGAAGGUUGACCCAGAUCCCUCUGAAGACGUGCUGACUACCUCCGCAGUGGAACUUUCUGUGCUGCAAAGGCUGGGCUUGCAUAGGGUAGCUUUGACAGAGCAGGAUGUGGAGGCAGCUUUUGCACACCUGGCUCUUGCCUUCCGCUGUGACGCGUUCACGCUGAGGCGGCGAGUGCAGGUGGAAGAGCGAGCAAGGAACACAGCUGAGGAGAAUAUUCAGCAUGAGCUUGGGGAAUGCCGGGCGAUGCUGCAGAAGCUGGAUCAGGCCUGCCUGGACUCCAGGCACAAGGAAUUGGUAGAACAUUUGCGAAGCAGUCUUGCCGUCCUAGAAGGAGCAAUUGAACGGGCAACGGGCGCAGCGGAGAAAUUAGGAUCUGUCCAUCAGGAGGCCCGCAUGAGCCGGGCCACAGAGGUGAUGGUGCAGCAUGUCGAGAACCUGAAAAGGCACCACGUGAGGGAGCACACGGAGCUGGAGGAGAUGAAGAGGCUCAUUCAGCAGAACUCUCGUAACCGGCAGCUGGCAGAAAACAGGGAUGAUAGUGAGCAGAGACUGAAGCAUCCUCCAAUGCGAAUGUUCCAGCAGGGAUCAGCUCGCCGUAGAGUCAGCAUUGCAGUUAUUCCCAGGCAGCUGAUGCACUUUCACAGCCCUGAAAAUGAGCAGAGCUCUGAGGGGGAGGCAAUUAAGUCAACGGCGGCGGCGGAGGAGGAGGUGGAGGAGGAGAACCCAGACAGACAAUCGCACAAUCUCCAGGAAGACUCUGCUGACAAUUACUUUCUCCUGCAUGCAGCAUCUCCCAGGUUCUCCCAGCAGAGCAUGGCAGGGACAACCAGAAUCGAGAGGGAGUCAGAACUUCGGUGCAGAAGCAACAUCAGUAAGACUGCAGAGGAAGAACCCAAAGAGGAAUCAGGCAACGAGGAACUAGAUGAAGAAUGUGAGGAACUGAGGGGAGAGGCACUUCUGUGCAAAGGAUCUAAAAUGGAGCUUUGCAGAGCCUGGUUCUCUAUGCCCACCUACUAUUGGGUUUUGUUGUGGCUGUUUUUUCUGGGGGUUGCUUGCCUCAUUCUGAUCAGGAUCCUGGAGCUGCAGAAACAAUACCCAUUUACAACCUCUGAUUCUUAGAGUCACAUAAGGAGCAGAAUAACCAUGGCAGGACUUUGCACCAUCAAAAUCCUGGACAGUUUACUUUUGAAAAAUAAAAAUAGAAAGGAGGCCCUGUUUCAUGUGUGACCAGUGAACACUGCCUGGGAUGUGGUUCUAACAGGCUGGCUGGUGUGAAAAGAGCUGGAGAAGUCUGCAGGCGGGACGUCAUCUAAAUCCGAGAGGUGAUUUUAGCUGCUACUACUCCAUUGGUGGCCUCUGCAUAAGCCCAACGAGCCUAACAGUUGUCUAAUAGAGAUAAUGCUUACAACUCUGCAGAGAACUCCAGCUAAGACAUUUCUCCUGUCUUUGGAGGUUAAAUAUCCUUCAGAGUCCCUGUGAAGUGGCAGAUAUAUUAGAGCAUUAGGUUUGUAUAGCGUUGUUCACACUGAGGUUCACCAGAGAGCAGUUUGGGACUAUAGGGCUCAGACCUCCUUUGUAUCUUGCUACAGUGGUACCUCGGCUUAUGAACACAAUUGGUUCCGGAAGUCUGUUCAUAAACUGAAGCGUUCAUAAACUGAAGCGAACUUUCCCAUUGAAAGUAAUGGAAAGUGGAUUAAUCCGUUCCAGACGGGUCCGCAGAGUACUCAACCUGAUGC